GUCGAAAUAUGUCAAAUGAUGUAAUGCAAAAUAAUUGUUCGGAAUUUUGUCUAUGAGUAGCAAAAUUCAGAGAGAUACUGAAUUCAUCAAAAUACAUCGUGUUGAAAAAGUGUCGUUGAAAGCAUAAUUAGUGCUAAAAACAUCGAGAAUUUAAGCUCACAUCAAUAAAGUAGUAAGCUACAUCCUUGACAAUUUUUUCCGUAUUCAUACGUUAUUUGUCUGCAAGAAGAAAAGAGAAAAAAAUCUUUUAAUAGGUUAUAGCAACAUCCUUAAAGAAAAGUUUUCUUCUGUUGAACACGUAUAUACAAUGUCUGUUGAGAAGGUAGAACUAAAAGACUAUAAAAGGGUAGCUACUGUUUUGGCAGCAGCAUUCUAUCACGACCCAGUACACCUCUACUUUGCUGGACCUGAAAAUGGAGAGCAGUAUGCAAGAUUAAUUCAAGAUUGCUUUGAAUAUAUUGCUUACGCAGUCUUGAUGCGUGGCCAUGUUUAUCAAGUGGAUGACUUUUCCGGCGUUUCUUUAUGGGCUGGUCCAGGUCAAAGAAUUGAUGAUUGGUAUACUAUUUUCAGAAGUGGUUUAUGGAGAUUAAGUUAUAAGUUGGGUGCAGAAAAUCGUCAUCGUUUCUUCAAAGAGUUGAUACCGUUACACAAUAAAGUGAUGCCAGAAGCUAUGGCAGGUCGAACUCACAAUUUUUGGUACCUAAUGUUCGUCGGCGUAAAAGAAAAUAAAAGAGGAAAGGGAUACCUUCGAAGUCUCAUUCAACCAAUAUUGAAGAUUGCUGACCAAAAUAAUCUUCCCUGCUAUCUCGAAUCUACUCAUCCCAAUAAUCGUCCAAGGUAUGAGCAUUUUGGCUUCAACGUUGUUCAGUCCGUCCAUAUAAAGGAGGGACUUGACAGCAUCCCUAUUGAUGUUAUGGUUCGAGAGCCAAAUGCUUACCAUAGGUCAGAAUAGACGAGCGUAAGUUCAAAGUCUUGGCAAGCGGAACAUGGGUUGUUUUGUCAUCUCAUCCAAAUGCAACCACUUGCUUUAUUAAGUAUUGUGUUGGGUUAACAUCUCUAGGUAGAUUGGUUAGCAUAAAGUUGAGUGAAUCUAAAAGGAUAUCAGAUGUCAGUUUCCAUUUUUGAACUACAAAGAAAAGGAGGUUUUACUCUUUUCAUUGUUUUGUAAAUGAUCUACUAAGCUUAGGUAUAGGAAUUAUAAUAUCGUUACAUUAGGAUUGUUCAUUAACAGCCAAACGAACCGCCAAUUGAAUGAUUGAAGAAUGCAAAAAUGACAUUUUUUAAGAAAUAUUUAAAGGCUAAAAGAAGAAGGGUAUGUAGAAUUUAACGUGUCUUUUUAUUGUAAGAAGAGUUUUUGAACGGGUACCAAUAGCGGUAUUGGAGAACUUAGACAGGAAGAAGGAAGGGGGAGGGGUGGGAUGUUACAUGGGUAUAUUAAAACAAGAAGAGGAGGGAUAUUAACAGAUAGGGUGGCUUGGUAAAAAGAUUAAAUAUGUAAGCGUUUUCUCAUUUCUUGACGGUAGUAAGUUCUUUCUUCUGUUGAUCGCUCAAGAGCACCAAUAUUUUCACGAGCGCGUCGAACCAAAUAAGGAAGUACUUGAUAGAUAGGUCCCCAAGAAACAUAUUUAGCAACGUGGAAUUCAGGAAUUUCACCUCUCGGGUAAUCUGUAAGGGCGUAAGUAAUAUCAUCUGACAUUCCCAAUAAUUGAGCUAUGUACAAGGAGGUCUUGCUUGUGUCAAUCUUUUUCUUCUCCAAGAGAUCCAAAACUUUGCAAACUGAGGAUUUGUUGUGGGUAGCAAUCAUAAUACCCCAUUUACCUUGACGAGAUUUCGAGGGAAUUUGAGAAGCCCCUUUGUUUCCAGGAGCUGCUCUGGAUGCGCCCAAAAACAAAGACUCCAUAGCAGCAUUAUAGUCACGAUCAGUGUCCUCUUUCCUAUCGUGGAUUAAAUGACGAGGCUCUGAAUUAAUGUAGGCUCCUCGAACAAUCUUAGCACCCAUCAACCAAUUUUCAAGAGCACUUUGUUUCAUAUGCUCAUUCAAGAUUCCCUUGGUCUUUUUCAAGUACAGCUGAUAAGUGUUAUGUACGAUAGCUUCUUGUUGGUUGAAUUUUUUCAUCAAGUCCAAAGAAAUGGAAUGGAUAGUGUCUUGGAAGUAAGUUUGUUCGGCAUCAAUGAAUAAAAGAACACCUUUCUUCUGGGCAUAUUCACAAAGCUUCUCAGAAAACGACCAGAAGCGGCGAAGCUCAUCCUGUUCGUAAGAAGAGAAAGAAGGGUUAUCGUUGAGCAUUUCAGUAAACUUAGCAGCGGGUUGGUUGGCAGAGUUAUUCAAUAUAGCAUUGAAGCGGAACAAGACCAAGGGGUUGAUGAAUGGGGUCAACUUGAUAGCACAAGUAGAGUUUUCAACCUUGGAGGCCAAGUCAAUACUGUAGAGGUAAGAGUCAAAGGCCUCUUGGGCAAUAUUUUGCAUUUCUUGCUGGACUGGUGGAGCAGGAACCUUAAUGUUGUCGGGGACUGUAUUGGCAGUGGAAACAAAUUGACGAGGAUCAAUGUCACUGGGGAGAUCAAUUUCACGAGAGGAGUUGAGGCAAGGAGCAAUGCCAGAAGCUUGAAGUGAUUGCAUGUUUUGAAUGAGUGCAGCGGGAGUUUCACCUCCGCAGAAAUGGCGAUAGAAAGUACGACGGCAGAAUGGAGCAUAGAGGAACGAAAGAUGAAGGGUAUCACAUAAACUCAUAGCGGAAAUCGAGGUCUUUACCAACCAAGCUCGAGAGCAAAUCUCAUAGACAAAGAGGCCACGAGCGAGAUCGCCAAAAGAACGAUGACUCAAUUCUUUAGAAAACCCUUUUUGGAAGAAGGAAGCCUCGGGCUCAUUUGUCAAACCCAUGCUAUUCAAAGAGAUGGCAGCACCUGCGCCAACACCCAAAAGGAGUUUACCAUGGCGGAGCAAUCCUGGUCGCAAACGAAAAAAAUGCAUUCUUUAUUUUUUCAAACAAAAACAAAAAGAAAAAGUAAAGAUGAUAAAUAAAAAGUCAAAAAUGAAAUGAUAACAAGCAAUCCCUUUAGCUUGAGUUUAACAACGCGUACAAGAAAAAGAAAAGUAAAUGAUCGUUUCGUCCAAAAGGU